AUCUUGUAAACAUCUUUGGAUUGGCGUUUGUACCGAAAGAAGAGAUAAAGUAAAUUAUUCUUCUUAUUUGGGAGGGACCAAUUACGGUUGGGUAUUAGGUUCAAAUGGAUUACUUUAUCAUAAUAAUCAAUUGAAUCAGUCAUAUUCUAAAGGAUAUGGUGUUAAAUUUGGUAAGGGUGAUAGAGUUACUGUACACCUUAAUAUGGGUAGUAGAUCUUUAGCUUAUUCUAUUAAUGGUAUUAGACACGGUGAAGCUUGGAAUACUUUACCUGCUGAACUUUAUCCUGCAGUAUCUCUUAAGAAACCUGCUAAAGUCAGAAUUGAAAUGCACAAAAAACCAAUUAUAAUUGAUAAUUCCAAAUAUAUGAUGCCUCAAUUAGCUCAUACAUCCAACUUAUCCAACUUAUCCAACAUGUCCAACAUGUCCAACAUGUCUCACUCAUCCAACUAUUCUCACUCGGUCAAUUUACCUCACUCAGCCAAUUUACCUCGCUCAAUUCACUCACCUCACUCACCUCACUCACCUCACGCACCUCACGCGCCUCUUACAUCUCACACAUCUCAUUCACCUCAUAGACCUCAGUCACCUCACAGAUCUCAAUCGCCUCAUUCACCUCACAGACCUAACUCGCCUCAUUCACCUCAUCCAAAUAUUCGAAUAAAUACUUCGAUUAUUUCUCCCAUUAUUUCUCCCAUUAACACUCCUAUUAACACUCCUAGACCUACAUCGCAGGUGACGGCUGAAUAAGAGAGGGAGGGAAUAGUGUUAGGCGAUCAAAAUAUAUUUUAUUAGCAUAUUCUUUGUAUAAUUUUUUAUUUUAUUUAUUGUAUUAAUUAGAAACAAAACUUUAUAUACAGUAUACACUAGUACAUAAACAUAUAUAUAUUAAUAAAAAAAAAAUCAUCUUUACUUAUUGUUACAUUACAUGUUUUGA